AUGUCUGCCUUCGUCGCCCGCUCUGCCCUCCGCGCCACCCAGCGCAGGCAGUUCUCCCUCCUCACCAACAUGCGCAACAUGGCCCGCACCUUUGAGCCUCAUCCCUUCCAGAGGAUGACGACCGCUCAAGCGGCGAAGCCCGACUACGCCAAGAUGUUCAAGAACCGCGUCUUCAACGCCACCAUCUAUGUCCCCAUGAUGUGCGCCAUGCUCGGCUGGCCCUACGCUGCCGCCGUGGUCGUGGACGGCCGCGUCUGAGCUAGCUCUGUCGCGAUGAGCUUCGCGUUGUCAAAGACGCCGGGAAGAAGAGGCAAAGAUAUUCAUCUUUUUACGAUGGCCUGGGACGGCCAGGAACAUGGCUGUUGAUUUUGUUUCUUUUUGACACAUGCAAAGCCACCGCUGGAUACCACAUUUGUACAUACAGCAAAACAUUCUGCAUAGAAGAAGGCGUUUAGGGAUGGGAGCAGUCGCUCGAUCUGGGAUUCCAGAUCAAUCAAUCCAUUUGAAAA